UUUCCGACAAUAUCCAAAUGAUCAAGAGAAUCGCACUCUCACACAUCCUCGUCUUCUUCCUUCUCUCGUCGGCAAUCGACGCCCAGUCAAGUUCGCCACCGGCGGCGGCUUCUCCUAAUGCCACACUCCCAAACAGGAUCCCAUCAUUCGAUCCCACUGUUGCAGCUCUUGUUUGCGUCUUCUUGUUUGUCGGCUGCUUCUCCAUCUACCUCCGCCACUGCUCCAACAUCUACGCCCGCCGGAGUGACAGAACCGCUAAUUUUGACUCAACUGGACCUCAAGGUAUCGACCCAAAAUUACUCGACACCUUCCCAAUCCUCCCGUGCUCCGCCGUUAAACAACUUAGAUUUGGGAGUGCGACGCCGGACUGUGCCGUGUGCUUGGCCGAAUUCGACCACCACGAUAAGCUCCGAUUGCUUCCGAAAUGUAACCACGUGUUUCACUCUGAAUGCAUCGACGCGUGGUUGGCCUCCCACGUGACUUGCCCCGUGUGUCGCACGAGGUUGAAGCCGGCGGAGGAGCACCACCAUGGUGAAAACGAAGUCGUGAUAGUAAUUCCGAAUGAGGUUAUAAAUGAACGCCGCGUGUUCGAUGGAAGUUCUGUAAGUGGAACGGAGGCUGAUUUAGGAGACAGAAGAAGUUUGGGAAGGUGUCAUUCAACGGGUCACUCUGUCGGAUUGGGUGAAAUCGGAAUGAAGGACACGGAGAGGUAUGAUCUCAGGUCGGAGGAUUUGAGGAAACAGAUUGCGGUGCAUCACGGCGGAAUGCGGCGGUCGGUGAGCUACGAUGUGUUCCGUUGACGGCUGGAUGCAAUAGCCAGAUAGGAAUUAAGUAUUAUCACUUCUUAGAAAUAUUAAUUUGUUUAUACGAUGAAGUCAAAACAUACUCCGAUGCCGUUUAUGUGCUCAUCAGUGAUGAUAAACACUGAAAUUUGGACUGGGAA